UUCAUUAUUCCACUUGUGUAAGUAAAUGUCAUCCGUCCUACCUUGUUUAUUCUAAAGUUGUAUAUUUUUACGGCGAUAUCUUGAGAAAUAUUCAUCAGUGGUGAAAAAUAAUGGUAUAUUUGGAUUCAGGAGACAGAGAUGCUGCUUCAUUCUGUGCUGUUGGUGUGGUUUACAUUUUUUGUUGGGUGCAAGUUCAAAAUGCUAGCAUCAGCUACCGAUGAACCAUUGCAAGGAUGUGUAAAUCACCCUCCUUCAUCAUGUCCUGUAGUAGACGAAGAAACAAUCUGCAAAUGCCAAAGAGUUGAAGGCUCAACUGUUGUGUGUUGUAAUAUUGACUCUGAGUACAAGUACAAAGAGAGCUUGGCAUGUGUUUCUCAGAAAGUUGAUACAACAGGAAAACCUCCCCAGGCUCCAGUUACUGCUCUACAUCUUUUAAAUUGUUCCAUAGAUAAGUUGGAUGCUACCGAGAUGUCCCGUCAUUUUCAGCAACUAAUUGGCAUAUCAGUGACCCAAAGCAGGAUAUCUCGUAUCAGUGGUCAGUUCCCUCAGUCAUUGACGUGUCUCAACCUGUCCUCCAAUCAGCUCAUAGAGAUUGACCCUCCUGUGCUCACCAACGUUCCACAGCUUGGCUACCUCGACUUGAGCAAUAACAAUCUCACCCAUGUCCCAAACAUCACCUUCCGCAAUCCCAAAGCAUACUUCUUUAUUGAUGUUUCAGGUAACAAUGGAAUAAAGUGCAACGAUCUUCUUCUUGAGCUUAAAUCACAGAGAAAUUCUAGCACACAAAUCAACUUUGUGAAUGAAAAUAACACCUACUGUUCAACUUCAUUGAACUACCAAUGGUUCAAUUCACUCAUUAUUGUACCAUUCCAUCAGAUUGAAACUGUUGAAAAGAUAGAGAAGGAGUGUCCACAUGGACCAGACUUUCAGUGUGUCUGUAAAGUGACGCGAAAUGUAGAAAUGCCUUUCCAUUUCUACUACAUGGUAGAAGUGGAUUGUUCUGGACAAGGGUUGACUGAAUUACCGAAGGAACUACCUCCUAACACAUACUUCCUUGACAUCAGCAACAAUAAUAUAACUAGCUUGGACUAUGUAGCCACCAACCCCAGCUAUGCGAACAUCCUGCAUUUGGUUGCAGAUAACAACCGUAUUGAAUCCAUCACAGAAUUGGAAGGCACUACAUUCAUUGACCGCUUCUUUCGUUUGAGUUUACGAAAUAACAGGAUUAAAAUGAUACCAAAAUACAUGUUGUCAAAUGCAUUUGAUCGGAACGCUGCAAAUAGAAUGGUGAAGUUGGGAAACAACAAUUUGCCUUGUGAUUGCAGCACUGCACAGUUUCUCAAGGUUUGGCUACUUCACUACCAAAAGAAUAUCCUUGAUUAUCGAGAAAUUUACUGUGAAAACUUUAACAACAUGAAGGUGGUUGACUUGGAACAGUCUAAAGUCUGUGUGUAUCCACGAGAUUGGACGGACUAUAUUUACUACAUCAUAGCUCUGGAGAUAUUGCUUUUUGUCCUACUUUUUGUCAAGGUAUUCUAUGACUAUUGGGUGUUCAAAACUACAGGUUAUCUGCCAUGGCCUGCUUCCAAGAUGCCUCGACUUCCUUGUGAUUGGUUCUUUGAAUUGUGAAAGUUCAUGUUUUAAGCUUUGAGCUGUGUAUUUACAUGGUACCCUCUCAAUCACGGAAACCUUAAAACUGCAAAUUUUGUGGUCAAACAUAAGAAAUAGGGAUGGGGUGAUUAAUACAAUUUUCAAUCAUAUUCAUCUGAUUGCGGUAACAUUGUGGAUUUUGGACCUCACAAACCUUGCAGCCUCAGUGAUUUCCUUAAUAUCUUGUAAAUCCAAUCCUGAAAUCUUAAAAAUCUGCCAGAAAAGGAAAAAAAUAAUUUCAAGUUUUGAGUGGGUACUCUGAUUCAAUUUCAACAGCAGAAAACUAGAUUGCUAGUAAUGUUUGUUCUCAUACAACCAAUUUUGCUGUAAUAGGUUAGCAAUGUAGCAUGUACAAUCUUUUUAGGUUCUCAUCUUUCUCCGGUAAAAUGGUUUUGAAAUCUAUAAAAAAAACAGCUUCCAAAACAAUAAAUAAAUGGAUCAAUAGGCCUACCCAGUUCUCCCUAAAUAUGACCAAGCUACAAAUUAUGCAUUUUUAAUUAUAAUCCAAAAUUUAACGGAAACGGGGCUGUACAUACUCACUGUCUGUUGAUGGGUCUUUCCUAUAUCUAACUGAUAGAGCAUAGAUGACAUGACGACUUAUAUUCUUGAUACUUAAGUAAAUCAAUGCCUAUUGACAAUAUAAUUCUGUGAUCUAGUGAUUCACACUGUAGAUCCAUCUGUCUACAGUAGAAGAUAUGAGAACAGUUUUAUUAUAGGGAAUUUCCGUUCACCAAAGGCCAUAUGGUACUAUUAUUUGUUUUCAUAGGAGGCAAAAUCAUCAAAAUUUUAUGAUAAUAAAGACAAAUAGUCUGGAAAAACAGAGAGCACAGGAGAUUAAUUUGUGUUAUCGAAUUACUGAGUUAAGUUUAUAUCCAACAUCAAAUACAGUUAAAUGGGUUUAGUCAACAGUUCAAAAUGAAAUGAAAUAGUAAAGUAAAGAACUAAAAAUAAAAGUACAUUCUAGGGUUACUGAGAAUCGGUGUUAUCUACAUAUUAUAAACAUAAACAGAACCCAAAGUAUUAAAUUUGAUAAUCCUAGUGAUACAUACGUAAAUCUGUUUUUAAAUACUUGUACAUAGUUUAAGGUUUAUAUUUUGUUUUGACUGUUCAAAUUGUCAAAUCAUCUUUAGAUUUUAGCGAAUUUCCCUCUAAGGAAGUAGCUAUUACCGUAGGUGGCAUGGUAAGACCUAGGCCCGGGACCGAUUUACUUUUUCAUUUUGAUGUCCCCAGAGGCCAAAAACAGCAUUCGUAAAAUUUUUUAUAUAUAUAUAUAUAUAUAUAUAGAUUUAAAUAAAAAAAAAGAAUAUAAAAAAGGGUACUCAUGUUAUUUUACAUAUUAUUUAUUAAUAUAUAUAUAUGUGUCCGUGAACGCGAUAACUUAAAUAAUUUUUGUCCGUUUUUGAUGAAAUUUGGUGUAACCCUUUCAGUGCUAUGAAACGAUAUAUCGUUGUUUUAAAAAAACCCUAAGGGAUAUAGAGAGGAAGGUUAUUUAAAAAAAAAAAUAGCAAAACGGCCAUUGGUGACCUGCAUGUUCAUAGGAUACACUACCAACCACUUAGCUAAAAGAUUCGCCCAAUCCGAUGAUUUCGAUGUGUAUGUCUAAACCAAGGAUUAUGAACACCUCACUAUGCCCCAGUGGUUGUAGUAUAUCGCUACAAACACACAGGUCACCAAUUAUUUGCCACACAGGACGGGAUUCGAACCCGAGCAGACGAAUGCCACUGGCCAAGUGACACACGCCCUAGCCUUCUCGGCUAUCUGUGCUUGAAGACUGGGGAGUCAAAAACCCGUAUUUAAGCUGUCGCCACCGAUUGCGAACAGAUGGCGCUGCAGAUGGUUGUUCAAUGCGUUACUAGGUAGCAGCACCAGUUAGUCACGGACUAUUUAGAUGCAAUCUUUUAGUUUUAGUAGUAGUAAAUGUGUUCCUGAGACUUUGCUGCAAAACAUUAGUUUCCCUAAAAUGGCUAUAUUAGGAUAACCUCGUCCAAAUAAAUCAAGGUUAAAUUCAAUAUUACAUUGUAAACUAUAUGUCUUUUGAUUUUAUGAGAUUUUGGUUUCAAAUAAUGCUAUCAGAACAUAAAAAUUUAUAGGAAAGCCAGGAAAAUUACAACAAAAACUAAGUUUCAUUUAAUGUUUACUACAAAUACCGGGAUUUAUCUUUCUUAUAUAUUUUCUUAUUGUGUUAUUAUUCAAAAUUAGCCUAAUUAAUAAAAUAGUGACAACAUGACAGUUAAAAUUCAACAACAGGUAAUGGAAUUAAAAGGCAAACAAAAAAGUCUUACAAAAUAUGAAUUAUUGGCCUAGCACUGAAAGGGUUAAAGGUGUAAGGCAAGAUAAACUUGAAUGAGUUCGCGAACCAGCAUGAUCGGACCAUGGGAACGGGGUUUUACGGGGUGUUUUAUGGGGUAAAAAUUGGUUUUUCUAAUUUUUGACCCUCAAAACACAAAAUUUCCCAAUUUCUCUCUAGACCUUUUUAAAGAGCUUAAAAAACAAAUAAUUUAGUAUGCAAAAGUGUUUUUGUACGGUUAUUGGUAACGGAGAAAAUUCCAAAAAUUGAAAAUUAAAAAUUCCUAUGUUAUUCUUAUGGAGAAUAUUGUAAAAUGUUGUAGUUUGCUUGUAAAUGGAUAUAUUUUGAUCAAACUUGGCAAUUUUAUUCAUUUUAUACUAAGCUAUUAAUAUUUUACUAAAAAACGCACUUUGUUAGAUCCCUUGUAGCAGCAAACCUAGGUACUCGUUAAACCUAAUGUUAUUUAAAUAGAUUUAAUUGAAAAUCAUUUCAGACAAAUGGAAAUUCGCUUAGUCGGCAGGUUUGCUGCGGCAGGGGUAUUAUAGCUCAUUAUUGUUAUUCUUUAAUUAGCACAAAAUAUAAAUUUAAUAUUUUGUUUUUACUUUUUAAUAAACAACCUUAAUUUAGGUUUUUAACUGUAAUUAUUGUUAAGUUUGUAAUUUUUUUAUUUUUUUAUUAUUAUUUUACAGUUUUUCCUGUAAGUGUUAUAUCUAGUCCUGUACAGGUAGGAUGUUGAAUAUAUUUCUUUGAUUUGUAGUUUAAGUAGGGUUUUGUUAAUGGGUGCUUGGUGUUAGUGUCAAAGUGUGUUGAGGUUAAUUUAAUGUUUUAAUAGUGUGUACUUCUAAGACCUAAUGCAUUGAUUACCGGGAAGUGUCUAUAUUGAAACCAUCAGUGAGAUUUCCUGCUUUCGGGACGUGGUAACCACAAAACAUAAAAAAAAUCUUCAUUGAAAUUUAAUCUCAAACAAAUUUUUUAUAUGCAGUUCUAAAUUGAAAGCCUUGUUAUAAUAUGGUUGGAUGGUUACAUACCGGUAUUUAAAAACCAAUGAAACAAUUAACUUAUCUUUAGAAUCAAUUGCUCACAAUGAUUAGACUGUUAUUUUCUGUAGUCUUCUAAAAUGUUUUCUUUUAGGAUUUUAAUAAUUGAUGGGAUUUUAUAAAUUAAAGUCUGCCAAAUUAAUUAAAGUCAAGAUUAGCCCAAUAUAACUAAGCAGUUUAUUUGAAAACAGUGGUUUGAGAGUUUUUAAUGUUACUGAUGUUAAUUAUAAUAGUUAUGUCAAAACUGUGUUUAUUUAUUUACGUUCUUUAUAAGCCUGAAUUAAUUUGAAAAACAAUCCCAGGCUUGUGCCCAGCAUCCAUUGGCGUAACCGAUUUUUUCGGACCCCCCUGCAAACUUAUUUUUCCGGCCCCCCUCUUACGAGUUAUUUUUAGACCACCAAUACAACAUAAUCAAACAUCCUCCCUUCUCUUCCCUGCCUUUUUUAGGCCUCCGAUACAAUGAUCAAACAGUUGUUUUAUCAUAAAUUGAGUAGUAAAUAAAUUAUGGGUAAUGUUUUCUAAAAGGACAUGUUAAGUAUUUCAGUCAUGGUUUGAUGAAUUAAUUGUGAGGUAAAAUAACAAAUAGGCUAACACACAAAGUCAGUAGAGUAGCAAAAUAUGUAUUUCAACUUAAAACAAACCCAAUUAAAUAUUAUAGGGAACAACUAAAAUGUAAAAUAAUUAUUUCCUUAUAGAAAAUUGUAAAAAAAAUUAAUUUUUUACCGUACUAAUUAAUAAUUAGUAAAUUUUGAAAAAUUAAUAACUUCUUGGACUUAAUUAGCUUAACUUACAAUUUAUAAAAAACUUGAUUGAUGUUUGAAUACCAAAAUUACUCAUUAUAACUAAAACCAAGUAAAACAAUAAUUUUUUAACCACUGCUAUUCAAAAUGUUCUUCUUCACUUGAAUUUGCUCACGGAAUUUUGUGAAGCAAAUGCUUUUAUGACCUCUUUAAAAUCAAUCACUGUUGCUGCUUCACUCUUAGCCCACUAAGCCUUUCUUGAGACAUGGUACUUCGAAGAUAGUGUUUAAUCAACUUUAACCACGAAAAUUACAUUUCAGUUGAUGAGACAGUCAGCUAUGUUAAAAAAAAUUAAUGCUGUGCAUAGUCCUACCAUCUGGGACGCUGCAAGCAACAGAAUAGUAUUCAAUUCACAAAAGUUCACAAAUUCUUUUUACUGAUUUCUUUGUUAAGAUUCCUGCUUUCAAGGUCCUUCGAAAAGUGAUCAUUUAGUGAGGAAAUCCUCGUUAUAUUCAGCAGCUAGUUCUGUUGAUUUAACAAUUAAAUGUUUGUCUGUAGAUAACGAUAAAAACUUCGAGGUGAGACCAGAAAAUAUACAUUGUUCAUCCCCUCAAAUAUUUAAGUCAUUUGAUUUAUUGCAGUGUCUAAAGUUCCAUGAUAUACAACUGUUUUUAAAUGAAGGUCAAGAUCCUAUAGGCGUUCGUCCUCUGCUAGUUCAUCGAAAUGUUUUAAAAUUUUGUUAACCUUAAAUGUUCAAUUUGUUAACUUAGUUCAUCACCACUGAAUAGGCCUAACAAAAUUAAGCGAUGAAAACAUAUUAAUAACUUUAAUGUUAUUACUUCUAUAAUACAAUUAUUAUCAAUUAUAAAUUUCAAUAAGAAUGAAUUCCAAUUUUUCGGCUCCACUCAUCUUGCGGGCCUCUCUGCUCGCCGGUUUCUGCUCGCCGUUUCCCGCUCACCGGUAGGCGGGCCUCCUGCCCUCCCGUUACGCCACUGCUAGCAUCCUAAGACAAAAAAAAAACGUUUUAUAUGUUAAUGUUACACCUGUCCUCAAGCCCACUGUACCAUGGGUGAGACUUGUAAUAUUAUGUAGAAGGCUGUGAUAUAUUACUUGUGCCUUGUCAUAGUCUGUGCUGCUCUGCUUUAACUGUUCAUAUUUAGUUAGAUACAUUUAGAUUAUUGUUAAACUAUCGGUUUGUUAAUUUCUUCAGAAACAUUUAGAUUUCCAGUGUUGUUAAUAUUUUAUUUGAAUCAAGAGUAUAUGUCUCAAAUAUUUAUGUAUCAUGUAUUUUGAUAUAAAUAAUAAAGUUUUAAAUACAUUGUCCAAAA